GUCACACAUUCACUUGCGAUCUCUAAUGAAAAAGUAGUGUGCUGUCUGCCUCACAGCUGCCUGCACCACGGAUCUCCGAAGAUGCCUACUGGUUCCUCGCACAAAGUGCAAAACUGUACAAUAAUGGCUGCGUGUGUGAAGCCCACGUAGCAACGCAAAGGAGGUAACUGGGGCCAUCCGCACUAUAAACAAUGCUUCGAAACAUGUGCAAGACAGUGGACGGUUUUCUCAUCAACGACUUCAUGCAUGACGACAACGUGAGAUCGGCUCUAAACUACAUGGCCCGACAGGACGAUAUCUUCGUGGUCAGCUACCCCAAGUGUGGGACGACAUGGACGCAGUACAUCGUGCUAUGCGUGCUCAACAAAGGCCAACCACUCGAGGAUUUCACGGAGUUCAUGCUGCGCUCGCCCUUCCUAGAACUCUUGGGCGCAGAGUCGGCUCAUCGAAUGCGUCGGCCGGGACCUAUCAAGACUCAUUUCCCGUUCGACAGGCAGCCGUAUAACUCGCAGAGCAAGUACAUAUACGUGACCAGGAAUCCCUACGACUGCUGCGUUUCGUACUUCCACCACGUGCGAGACUCGCCCGUCUACAACUACGCAGACGCAACGCUAGACGAAUUCGUGGACGUGUUCGUCGAAGGGAAGGUCAGUUGUGGGGACUACUUCGACCACCUCACCUCGUGGUACGAACACCGAGACGACGAGAACGUACUCUUCAUCACGUACGAGAGACUUAAGGAGGACAUUGCAGGGUCAGUGCUGCAGAUAGCCGACUUCCUCGGAAAGCAGCAUGGGGAGGAGCUGCGCCAAGAUGCCGCACUGUUCGCGAAGAUCACUGAUAUGGUGAGCGCACCUAGCAUGCGCCAGGCCUUCAGCUCGGGCAUCAAGGCCGUCAUGCCCAACCUGCUCUCUCUGCCACCGGAGAAAGCUCUGAAAUCUGUAGAGGUGUACCGAACUGUGCUGAAGAAAAAGCGCAUGUCCACCGUCAAGAGCGAGUUCAUCCGAAAGGGCGUUGUCGGGGACUGGAGAAACUAUUUGGAGGUGAAGCACAUAGAAAAGAUAAAACAUUGGAUUGCACUUAAAACGCAGGACAGCGAUGUCAUGAAGCCGUGGGAAAAUAUCGGGCUGCCAUAAGUGCUUCUUGCCAUUAAGAGAUGCCUUAAGCUAUGCUUGUCUGCGUCUAAUUGAACCAUUGGCAGUGAAAUAUACAUUAUGUAGCUAGCUCGUAAUAAAUGGCUAAGUAGUGAAUACACUAA